AGGUUAAUUACCAUAGAUGCUCAGUCACGCCAAAGCGUGUAGGCGACAAGCACGUAUUUGCGUUUACGCUCACUCACCGAUUUUACCAGCUAAUCAUAAUAAUAAUUGCACUACCAUCAUUGAGUGUCUUUGUGUCUAAUUAACGGCAAUAUAUUGCAACAGUGUCGUCGUCGUUCGUUCACAGGUUGAUUCGAAUGGAAUUAUCCGGUAUGGACAGGUUUUGCGGAUCGACUUUUUGGGACUGGAACUUGUCCUGGAAUACCACUGAUCCUGAUGUCACGCGAUGUUUUGAAAAGACCUUUCUAGUCUGGACACCGUGCCUGUUUUUGUGGCUAUUCUCUCCACUAGAGAUCUAUUACUUGGUGAAUAGUAAAUACAGGGACAUACCAUGGAACUGGUUCAAUAUGGUGAAAGUGGCUGGUGUAUCUAUAUUAUGUAUCAUAUCAUUAAUUGAUAUUGUAUAUGCAAUAAUUCGAUAUUCAUCAGGGAAGGAUGUAUUUAGUGUAGAUAUCUAUACACCACUUAUAAAACUAAUAACACUUGGAUUUGUCACAAUUUUAAUUUGUGCCAAUCGAGCUAGAGGGUUACGAUCAUCUGGGUUAAUAUUUCUAUUUUGGUUAUCUUUAACAUUUUUUGGGAUGAUUCAAUAUCGAACGGAAUUACGUUUAGCAUUUUAUGAUGUUCCAUUAUAUAAUUAUCCAUUUAUAAGUUACAUGGUAUACUACCCUAUUAUCUUAAUAGAGUUUCUUCUAAGUUUCUUUGGCGAUGCUGAACCUAGGCUAUCUGACUAUGGCUACGUCCAGGUACCGUGUCCUGAGAUGAGAGCAUCAUUCCCAUCCAAGGUAUUAUUUUUAUGGUUUGACUCAUUUGCUUGGUCUGGUUUUAAACGCCCCAUAGAGGUCUACGAUUUAUGGAAUAUGAACCACGAAGAUAGUUCACAAGAAGUAGUUCCAGUUUUUGAUAAACAUUGGGAACGGUCAUUAAUUAAAGCGAAAUUACAAGAUAGUAAAAACGUUGCUUCCAUUAAAAAUAAAUUUGAUGUGAGUAUAAUCGAAUUAUCACGUGCAAAAUAUCCACUUAAAAACCAAUACAAAGUAUCAAUUCUUCCUGUUUUGUGUAAAUCAUUUGGUAGUACAUUUUUAUUUGGAUCAUUUUUAAAAUUAAUUGUAGAUUGUUUAAUUUUUGUCAGCCCUCAAGUACUUAAGUAUUUGAUAAGCUUUGUUGGAAAUUCGACUGAGCCUUUAUGGAGAGGAUAUUUUUAUAUUUUUCUCUUGAUGAUGACAGCGAUGUUGCAAACGUUAAUAUUAUCUCAGUACUUUCAUCGUAUGUUUCUCGUUGGUAUGCGUGUUCGAACUGCGCUUACUUCUGCCAUUUAUCGAAAGGCUCUAAGAAUUUCAAAUACAGCAAGAAAAUCAUUUACAACGGGCGAAAUAGUUAAUUUAAUGGCAGUAGAUGCACAUAGAUUUAUUGAUCUGAUAACUUAUUUGAAUAUGAUUUGGUCUGCACCAUUCCAAAUUUCUCUCGCAGUGUACUUUUUGUGGCAGCUAUUAGGACCCAGUGUACUUGCUGGGUUAUUUGUGAUGAUAGUAUUAAUACCAAUAAACGCUGUUGUGGCUACUAAAUCAAAAAGCCUUCAGGUCCAACAAAUGAAAAACAAAGAUCAAAGAGCUAAAUUAAUGAAUGAAAUUCUGUCUGGAAUAAAAGUUUUAAAACUAUAUGCUUGGGAACCAUGUUUUGAACAAAAAGUGUUAGAUAUUCGAGGAAAAGAAAUCAAAGUUCUUCGGAGUGCAGCUUAUUUGAGUGCAGUUACUUCAUUUCUUUGGUCGUGUGCUCCAUUUCUGGUAUCAUUAGUAACUUUUGCAGUUUAUGUAUUAUCUGACAAUAGCCAUGUAUUAGAUGCACAGACAGCUUUUGUUUCGUUAUCUUUAUUCAACAUUUUACGUUUCCCAUUAUCUAUGUUACCAAUGUUGGUGUCAAAUGUAGUUCAAUCAAGUGUAUCUGUGAAGCGAAUAAAUAAGUUUAUGAACUCCGAAGAGUUGGAUCCAGAUUCCGUUACCCAUGAUUCUGAUGAAAAGGAUCCUCUUAUAAUUGAAAACGGUACAUUUACUUGGGAUGACUCAACUGAUGCACCAACAUUAUCAAACAUAAAUUUACGAGUUUCAUCUGGACAACUGGUUGCUGUAGUGGGUACUGUUGGUUCUGGGAAGAGUUCUUUGGUAUCAGCUUUCCUUGGUGAAAUGGAAAAAGUUUGUGGUAGAGUUAACACUAAAGGAUCUAUAGCAUAUGUACCACAGCAAGCUUGGAUACAAAAUACAUCACUGAAGGAUAACAUAUUGUUUGGUCAAUCAUUUAAUGAUAGAGUUUAUAAAAAUGUCAUUGAUGCAUGUGCAUUGAAAGCUGACUUCCAAAUGCUUCCAGCUGGUGACGACACAGAAAUUGGUGAAAAGGGAAUAAAUUUAAGUGGAGGCCAAAAACAAAGAGUAAGUUUGGCGAGAGCAGUUUAUAAAGAGAGUGACAUCUAUUUUUUAGAUGACCCAUUAAGUGCUGUUGAUCCACAUGUUGCUAAACAUAUUUUUGAACACGUUAUUGGACCAACGGGAUUUCUGCGAAAAAAAACACGUAUUUUGGUCACACAUAGUAUAACUUAUCUCAGAGAUGUUGAUUUAAUUGUGGUAAUGAAAGAUGGUCAAGUAUCAGAGUCAGGCACAUAUAAAGAAUUGCUAGGAAAAAGGGGAGAUUUUGCUGAUUUCCUAUUAUUGCACAUGCAGGAAAAAAGUGUAAAUGAAAUUGAUGAAAUAGAAAUUAAUAAGUUAUUAGAAGAUGCACCUGCAGACUUAAAAGAAAAAUAUAUUCGACAGCGAAGUGAAACGAACUCAAAUUAUUCAAUGCAAAGGCAAAUAUCUAUUGAUUCAAAUAAACCUAUUACUCGACCUAUAGUGAAACAAAAAACCAAACUCAUUGAAUUAGAGAAAGCAAAAACUGGAAAUGUCAAAUGGGAUAUUUACAUUCAGUAUAUUAAGUCAAUUGGACCUAUUUUUUGCAUAACUUCAGUUUUACUAACUUUUCUGUACCAAGGAUUUUCUAUUUCAUCGAACAUCUGGCUAUCAAUAUGGUCUAAUGAUGAUAGUUCACUUGAUGGUGAAACAGAAAAUGAUAACAAUAGGUUUAUGCAUUUAACAGUUUACGGACUACUUGGCUUUGGCCAAAUUUUUUCAAUGAUUGCAUCAUCAAUAACUUUAUCGUUGGGCACAAUACUUGGUGCGGAAAAGUUAUACAAAUUGAUCAAUUCACGCUUAUUUAAGAAUCCACUAAGCCUGUUUGACACAACACCUAUUGGACGUAUAUUGAACAGAGUAUCUAAGGACAUUGAUACCAUUGAUAAUGUCUUACCAUUAAGGAUAGCAUCAUUCAUACAAGUUACAGUUUCGGUCAUUGGCACUUUGAUCGUUAUCAGUUAUAGUACACCUAUAUUUGCAGUGAUGAUUAUUCCUAUUGCUAUAAUUUAUUACAUCAUACAGAGAUUUUACGUUGCGACAUCGCGUCAACUGAAAAGACUCGAGUCUAUUUCUCGUUCCCCAAUUUAUUCACAUUUUAGCGAAACAAUUGCAGGGGUUACGUCGAUUCGUGCUAUGUGUAGAUCCAAAUUCACACUCGAUCCGAUCAAAUAGUGAUUUCAAUCAGUCUGUUAUUAUCCAAAUAUCGUGGCCAAUAGAUGGCUGGCUGUAAGGUUAGAAACAAUUGGUAAUUUUAUUAUUUUCUUCGCGUCGAUGUUUUCAGUAUUGGGAAGAGAUACAUUAAGUCCAGGUAUUGUUGGUCUGUCCAUCAGUUAUGCUCUACAGAUCACACAAACACUCAAUUGGUUGGUUAGAAUGACUUCUGAUGUCGAAACUAAUAUUGUUGCCGUUGAGCGUAUUAAAGAAUAUGGAGAAACACCUCAAGAAGGUCUUUGGGAAGUACCAUCAACUCAGCCACCCAGUGAAUGGCCAACUGGUGGAGAAAUUCAAUUUCAGAACCUUAAAGUUCGUUAUCGCGAAGGUUUAGAUUUAGUAUUGAAGGGUUUGGAUUUAUUAGUGGAAGGAGGCCAAAAGGUGGGAAUAGUUGGACGUACCGGAGCUGGUAAAUCGUCUUUGACCCUUAGUUUGUUCCGUAUCGUUGAAGCUGCCGAAGGAUCAAUUAUUAUCGAUGGCGUUGACAUAUCUAAAAUUGGAUUGCAUACGUUGCGUAAUCGUCUCACAAUUAUUCCACAGGAUCCAGUAUUGUUUUCUGGUACUUUGAGAAUGAAUUUGGAUCCAACUAAUAGUAAUACGGACGCACAGCUGUGGAGUGCCCUAACACUUGCUCAUUUAAAAGCAUAUGUUGUAGGGCUGGCUGGUGGUUUGGAUUUUGAAGUGUCAGAAGGAGGAGAAAAUCUUAGUGUGGGCCAAAGACAACUGGUGUGUUUGGCGAGAGCAUUGUUGAAAAAGACAAAAAUAUUAGUGUUGGACGAAGCGACGGCGGCAAUAGAUUUGGAAACGGACGAACUCAUACAAACGACCAUACGAAUGGAAUUCAAAGACUGCACAGUGUUGACGAUCGCUCAUCGUCUGAACACCAUUAUGGAUUCUGACAAGGUAAUUGUUUUGGACAAUGGUUUCAUGAUCGAAUACGAUUCACCUGCCAAUUUACUACGAGACAAGUCGUCUGUUUUCCAUUCGAUGGCAAAAGACGCAGGUCUAUAGCGCAAUAACGAUGUUUGACAAUGGCGUUUACUUAAACUUUUAUUUCCUCAACGUGAUUUUAGAAAAAUAUGUAUUAAUAUCUUGACAGAUAAUAAUUUAUUCGAAUUUCACACAUUAUUUUUAUCGAAUUAUCGUAAAUAAUAAUUAUUUAUAUUGCUUCACCGCAUGAUGAUUCAUGCCUAAUCGAAUUCUGUCUUUUUUAUACCAAUCGUUCGUGUUAUGUUAUAAUAUGUGCCUAUUUCAUGUAUUCAUUUUUUGUUAACUCGUUCUUGUACUCGUUGCAUAAAAUGGUACCUAACCUAUGUUAAAUUAUACGAAAGGUUCACCAUAAUAUUGUGUUCAGUGUGGUACGUUUUAUUGAUAAUGACUGAUAUUUGAAUAUCAUUAAACAAAAUACAAAUGA